AUGGCUGUGAAGUUGGCAAGUCAAAUUGGCCUUGACGAGGUCAGUCCCGGCGAGUAUGUAUCCGCGGUGUUUCCUGAGCGGAUGGGCAACACGCUCCCAAUCGCCUAUGGCGGGUGCACUCUCGGUGUAGCAACUCAUGCUGCGUGUAAGACUGUGCCGGCGUCGCACUCACUGUACUCGCUUGUCGGGCACUUCCUGGGCCCAGCGUCGACGACAGAGAAGCUGCAUUGUACAGUGCACAAGACAAGAGACACGCGGACGUUUGCGACGAGGCGGGUACAAGUGAGCCAAGUCAAGCCAGACGGAAAUAUGCGUAUAUGUAUGGAGCUACUGGCAGACUUUCAGAUCGAGGAGCCUGCGCUCCUUACAUACUCAUCUCCGCCAGCAGGAAAGUACUCAGGUCCGGAGCAGAGUCAAACACUCCCCGAGCUGGUCGAGAGGGCUGUUUCGGAGGGGCAAUUGAGCAAAGAAGCCGGGGCACAGGCUGUAAAAUCUUUCGAGCUCGGCGAGUUACUCUUCGAAUCGAGGUUUUGUCCUGAAGGUGUAUGUGGGCAGAACGCCCUGGGCAUCCUCAAACAAGAGCGGACAACACAAGAUCACCUCCCGAUUACAGAGAAGACUACUGCAGACUGGAUAAGGUCGCGUGAAUCACUUGAGACACGUGGCGAGAGGAUGUCGGCCACAGCGUUCAUGCUCGACGGGGCCCUGUCAUUCAUGCCACUGAACCAUAACCAUAUGUGGCUUGACGAUGCGGGCGCUUGCAGCACCUUGGAUUUUGCGCUGAGAUUCUUUGUACCAGACCUGGCUCUAGACGCUUGGCAUUUGAGGGAGCGAAAGACAACUGCGGCCGGCUUCGGACGGUCCUACUCUGAAGGAAUGUUAUGGGAUGAGAAGGGCACGUUGGUGGCUUCGAUGACGCAGCAGUGCAUCGUUCGACCAAAGUCAGAUGGUAAGCUGAAGACAAAAUUGUAG